GAUAAUCACAAUCACUGAGUCAGUCAGUAAUCAGUAAAAAAUCAGUAGACCUUUAAUAAAAAUAUGUGAUGAAGGGAGUAGAUUUAGAAUUUAGGCCUAAAUAGUAUAAUUAGGCCAAAAAGUAUUGAUUUAAAAUCAGAUCAAAUUCUAGCGACAUUGAUCAGUAAGUUUGGUGUGGUGAAUGGACUGGAAAUAAAGAUAAUCCAUUCUGGAGCUGUUAACAGUGGGAAUCCAUUUCUAUGUGACUGUGAUGGUGAAAGAUACCUCAAUGAUAAAAUAAAGAUAUUGAAAGAUAAUCUCUAAGGACUUAACACUGUGAAGCUCGAUGAUGGAAUAAUUAUUUAUCUAACGAUAUGACAAGCUUGUGAAAGAAUGGAUUCCAUAUCAGUUGUACUAGAUUAUGUAAACAGCAUAGAUAUUGACUAUGUCUCUUGGGUCCUGUGGGUUCUGUACCCCAUUCUGAUCACCUUUUUACUACCUUCAUUUAUCAUCCUCUUUCUAUACCUCUCUUCUCUUAUGCUGUUUAUAUACAAGCAGCGCAUGAAACUUAAAGCUGCAUAUGACCAUGAUUUCUGGGAUGGCGCAAGAAAAACCCUUGGUGCACUUUGGUGGGCACAAGCAAGAACAUGGCAUGGUUAUGAGGUGGAAGGCCUCCACCACAUCCCAGAAUCCGGGCCUGCGUUAAUUAUCUACUACCACGGCGUCCUCCCCGUUGACAUCUAUUAUGUUCUUACAACUGUUUUGCUAGAGAAAGGCCGACUAAUUCACUUGGUCGGUGAUAAGUUUUUAUUUCACAUUCCAGGUUGGCAGACGCUAAUGGAAGUGUUUAAUGUGACUCCUGGCACCGUGACCAGCUGUGUCGACCAGUUGAAAAAUGGCCAUCUGCUGUGUAUAUCUCCAGGGGGUGUUAGAGAAGGACUUUUUAGUGAUGAAAACUAUGGCAUCAUGUGGAACAAAAGAUGUGGCUUUGCUAAAGUUGCCCUGCAGGCUAACGUGCCCAUAAUUCCAAUGUUUACAGUAAAUAUCAGAGAAGCUUUUAGAACACCCAACUGGGCCAGAGCAUGGUUCCGAGGCUUGUAUGAGAAGACCAGACUUCCGCUGGCGCCUGUCUAUGGAUUAUUCCCAGUUAAACUCAAAACAAUAUUUGGCGAGCCUAUCCUGGCAAACCCUAACUUCACAGCAGAGGAGCUUGCAGAAGCUGUGAAAAGUGCUUUGGAAUCUCUAAUUGCAACUCAUCAGAAGUGCCCUGGCAAUAUACUGCGCGCAUUGUUAGAAAGAAUUCCCUUCUUCCGAUGAAAAGAUUUUGCUCCCAUUUCUGCUGUGUUCACUUAGGAGUUGCAUCAAUAUCCCAAAACAAAAUAUUUAAAAAUGCCAUUCAUUUUGUUUUUCAUUUGUAAAUAGCUCAACUAUAUUUAUUUCUUUUACAAAUACCCAGCUGAAUCUGUGAUAAUCAUCACAAAGCAGUUUAUUUCAAAUUAAAAAAAAACAACCAAGCAUUUAUUGACAGACUUGUUUUAGUUUGUAAACAUUUAUUGAGAAACUUAUUUUAUUUUUCUCUUUCAUUUUACAUAUUCUGCUGGAUAAAAAUCACAACUUACCUUGGGGCAUUUGCGAUUUCAUAAUGACGUAAUUCAGCUAGGCUAGAAACUAAAUUUUACAGCCCUUUUUAUGUGGAAUUAAUUUGUGGAAUUGAGACUGCUAACAUGAAAGUCUCAAGGUUGCAUUCUUGACUCAAUUCUGUAGAUGGCCCUGAGUCCACCCAGCUCUGAUAGGUACCUAACUCACAUUAGGGAAACUAAGUUGGCCGGGCAUGCGAACAGAUGAACUGUACUUUAUCUACCCCAUGUGUCUUGGGGACGAAUGGAAAAAUUUGAUGAUGAUGAAUAAGAUAGACAGUUACAAGAAUCAAAUUAAUGUAUGUAAAUGUAGGCAUUCCAUUCAAGCAAUCACUCACCAGCAGCAUGUUAAACCACAGGCCACCACAUAUUUUUUUAAGUACAUUCUGUGUUGCCUGACACCUUGAUUCAUUCAUUAUGUUUGUAUUUUUUUAAUUGUCCUAGUUAUCCACACAUUUUUUAUAUUUAUAUUAUCAAAGACAUUUUGUCAUUCAAGAUAAAACAGUUUGAUAUCACAGCUGAAGAUUGAGAACUGGACGUACAAAAAUCUGGCCACCACAAACACAUGAGGAAAUAAAAGUUUUAGGCUUGUCAGAUCUUAAACGCUGUGUCACACAUUUAACUUAAUCCAUAAUUCUUUGAAAAAUGCACAUAUUUCUCAUAAAUAUCUGAUUGCUUUCAUACACUCCUUCAUUAAAUUGGUUCACAUUUUUAUUAUUUUUUUGACCUUUUUGUUUUUAAAUUUUUUUUAUUGUGUAUCCCCACAUCUACAUCAGCUGUCUCAAGAAAAAUAAUUUCUAAAGUUUUACAACUUUUGGCACCCCAACAGACAUUCCAGUUUGUAAACAAGUUUUGUUUAACUAUUAAUUAAGAGACAAUUUACCUUGCAUGUUACAGAUGACAUGAUCCAGUUAUGUUACAGAUGAAUUUAUGUAUCCAGAACUUUUUUUUUUAAUAAACUGACAUAUCAUCUUUUGAAUCUUUUUACAUUGGGUAUUUUUAGUGUGAAAAAUGAUCACUAGUUCUGAGGGAAGAAUGUCCUAAAUGACUGAUCUUUUGUUAAAGUUUAACAUUGCUGUUUGGAUAUAAUGUAUGUCAUGAAUGUAUUGUGAUUUAAUAACCGUGAUGAAACAGGACGGGAUUUCCCUA